CGCGGCUCAGUCGCUAAUCAGCAGCCCUAGCGCUCGCAGUGAAGAUCGCGGGACCCCGUCAUACGCAUUACAGUGCUCCGGGUGGUAAUCAGUGCAGUAAUCAGUGUAAAACAAAACACACUCCACAGUACAGUACGUGUGGUGGGGAAGCAAAUCGACCAGAACUGAUAAGCGCCGGAAAGGCGAAAGUCUGUCUCGGAGGAGGAAGCAUGGUUCGCUCCGGACGGGGACGACGAUCGUCCCUACUGUCGAUCGCUUCCGUACUGCUGCUAGCGUUGCUUCCACUAGCGCUGGUGAAUGUGGCCGAAAGUUGCAGCAAAACUCCGAUUGUCGAUGGAAGACCCAUCGGCACGGUAAAACAACCGGGUGACAAUGGGUACCGGCUGGCCAUCCGGGACGAUCCGAAAGGAUACGAGCCGGGCAAGAUCUACAACCUAUUUAUCGUCGGAUCGCGUACCCACGCCAAACUGCAGCAAUUCACGCACUUUACACUCGUGGCACACGCACGCAACGGUGGCAAGACGUACAUUGCUGGUCCGCGCCGGGUCGGUCGGUUUCAGCUGUUCAGCGACGCGCUCACCAAGUUCCACGAUCAGUGCGUCAACACGGUAACGCAGGCCGACGACUUCCCGAAGUCGGAGGUGCAGGUGAUGUGGGUAGCGCCCCCGACCGGUUCCGGCUGCGUCAGCAUCUCCGCCAUGGUGUACGAAACCGACCAGCAGUGGUUCGCGGACGACGGUGCGCUGACGAGGGUGCUGUGCGAGCAGCAGCCAGUUCCGCGCCUGCAGAAAGGAGAGUGUUGUGCCUGCGACGAGGCAAAGUACAGUUUUACCUUCGAAGGUAUCUGGUCGAACGAGACGCACCCGAAGGACUAUCCGUUCGCGAUCUGGUUGACACACUUUUCCGACGUGAUCGGUGCGUCGCACGAUACGAACUUUUCCUUCUGGGGCGAGCAGCACAUCGCUACCGACGGGUUCCGUAUGCUUGCCGAGUGGGGCUCGGUACGGCUGCUGGAGCAGGAGCUGCGUGCGAAGGGGUCCCGGCUGCGGACGCUGAUCAAGGCGGCCGGGCUGUGGUAUCCGCGCGUUAACGCCAACACCACCUCCAACUUCCGCGUCGACCGGAAGCAUCACAAGAUUUCGCUCGCCUCCAUGUUCGGCCCGUCCCCGGACUGGGUUGUCGGGGUGAGCGGGCUGGACCUUUGCCGGGCGGACUGCACCUGGACGGAGACGCUGGACGUCGACCUAUACCCAUGGGACGCCGGUACGGACAGUGGCAUUAGCUACAUGUCGGCCAACGCGGAAACACAGCCCCGCGAACGGAUGCACCGCAUUACCACCCUCUACCCGGAGGAUCCUCGCGCACCGUUCUACAAUCCGCAGUCGGCGGACAUGACGCCGCUCGCUCGGCUGUACAUACGCCGGGACAGGGUGGUUGCGCGCAGCUGCGACGAGCAGUUCCUGCAGGCCCAGGUACUGGAGCUGGCGGAGAACACGGAGGAGGAAACGCGCGCCGAGUGUGCGACCACCGCGUACACCGACUGGACGCCGUGCUCGGUAACGUGCGGCAAGGGUAUCCGGAUGCGCACCCGCGAGUAUCUGCAGCCGGACGUGGCCGCUGGUGCGCGCUGCAAUCGGCAGCUGAUCGGGAAGGAGAUGUGUGUCGCCGACGUGGCCGAAUGUGAGGAGAGCGGUGGUGAUGAUGCGGCGGCUAGCGGGGAAGACGUGGGACAGUUGGCGGCGAGCGUGGACGAGGCGGGUGAGGGUAUUGGCGUUUGCCGGACGACACGCUGGAGCGAGUGGUCCGAGUGUUCGGCUAGCUGCGGUAUCGGAGUGACGAUGCGGACGCGCACAUUCGUCGAGCAUAUGGGGCGCAAAAAGUGUCCCCACAUCAGUGUCGUGGAAAAACAAAAAUGCAUGCGACCGGACUGUUCCAUUACCGACAUGGAAGCACCAGACCCGCUCUGCCCGGUCACCGCCUGGAGCGAUUGGAGUCCGUGCAGUGCGACGUGCGGCAAGGGCGUACAGAUUCGCACCCGGCUGCUGCUGCUCGUGCCCGAGGAGCACGAGCGCUGCCACAACCGCAUCGAGCUGAACCAGCAGCGCCCGUGCACGGAAAAGGCGGACUGCCUGUACGACACGUUCACCGCGCAGGAGAUCUGCUCACAGCCACCGGAAACGGGCCCCUGUCGUGGUCGGUACCAGCGGUACGCGUACGACACCACCCAACGCACGUGCGUCCCGUUCUACUACGGUGGUUGCCGUGGCAACAGGAACAAUUUCCUCACAUCCGACGAUUGCAUGAACACGUGCACGAAGACACGGUUGGGUGAGGUCGCUACCGCCGAGCGCACGACGACGACGACGACGACGGACCCGUUCGAGGAACUUCCCGUCGACUGUGUGCUGUCCGAUUGGUCGGAAUGGACACCCUGCUCGGUUACCUGCGGUACGGGCCGUUCGGAGCGCGUUCGAUCGAUUGUAACACAGCCCCGCAAUGGUGGACAACCGUGCCCACCGCGCAUCGUCAAGCGCCGCAAAUGUACCGGCCCACCGUGCAAUUAACGGACACACACGCACAGCUGUUUGUUCGCCUGUUGAGUUGCAAAUAAAGUGCGCACAUCUGUGCUUCAUUAGAA